AUGAAGUCCUUGGGGAGCGGAGUGUCUGUGCGUGCCGUUUGGGUGGUCCAGUGGUACAGGCUGCUCGGCCUUUUGUUUUGUUCCUAUGCGUUUCUCGGUGUAUUGGUGCAACACGGAGUCUCGUGUACUUCGCCAGUGGGAGGGAGAGAAUGUGAUGGACAUGACUGCAACACAACCACAGGGUCAUCACGGCCCGUUCCCACAGAAGGAGUUCAAGUUGUUGACGACUCCCCCAGACAGGCAAAUGCAGCACAGGAGGUCGCAGGUGCAAAUUCCCCAGAGCAUCCAAUUUUCAUGGUUCCUGGAAUCGCAGGAAGUGGCCUUAUGGUCAGCACGAAGAAUGCGUCACUGCCUCUAUGUGCUGCUUCACCUGUUAGCUCUACAGUACCAUUUAGACUGUGGGCCUCUCUCUCCCUCGUUAGACCUCCUCGUUCACACCAGCUCUGCUGGAUGGACAUGAUGCAGCCCAUCUCUGACGAGAAAGGGGAACACUACUCCAGUAAGGAUGGGGUAGUAGUUGAAGUUGACAGUUACGGAACUGCCCACGGCUUUGAUUACUUGGACUAUUACUACAACGAGAGAUUUGGAGUACCAGGGACAGCGUAUUUUCACACCAUGCUGCGGACGUUCUACUCCAUGGGUUAUGUGGAAGGGAGCUCCCUCAUAGGCAUACCGUAUGACUGGCGCCUCCCACCUUGGCAGAUGGAUUUUGACCGACUCAAGUCUCAGAUCGAGCAUCAUGUCGAAGCAAUGGGGGGCGCCAAGGCAGAUCUGCUGGUUCAUAGUCUGGGGUCCAUCGUUUGUAAUUAUUUUCUGAACAAAGUGGUGGACAAACGAUGGAAGGACAAGUACAUCAACUCCUACACGCUUGUCGCCCCAGCAACUGGGGGGAGCUUCAAGGCCAUUAAGGCCAUUUUAACUGGCUACAACGAUCCGGUGGACUUGACGUUUUGGACUUUACUUGAUAUCAGCCUGAUUCCAGUGGAUGUCUUACGUGAUCUCGCCCGAAGCCUUGGCUCCAUCUAUGCAUUACUUCCGGACAUCGAUCUUUAUGGAAAGGAUCAUUUGGUAUUGCGACAGUUGCUCCCUAAAUCAGGCACUGUGUCACCUGCUUUUUCCGCCCUAGCUGAAGGCCAAGAUGGAGGGGUUCCUUCAGCUAUGGUGAAUAGUGGCCGAUCUCUUGAGUUUAGGAGGCUUGCUGAGUCAGAUGCAGGGGUCGGCAUACAGGAGCUGACAGACAAGAGCGAAGAAAAUGGAGAUGCGGAACACAGAAUGAAUCCACAGGAGCAGCAGGUUGGGGAGCAAUUGGUCCAAGAUGCGAUCGACGCACAGGUAAAGCAACGGACGCUGCAACUGCAUCAGUACGUCGAAAAUGCCAGGGAAAGGAUGGCGGCAGUGAAGCGCCUUGAAGCUACAGAGGAUUUGAACGAGGUUGUAUAUACUCUAGGCAACUGGACGACUUUACUGGAACCCGAGCUGCGAGCUCGCGCAGAGACAGCACGAGAGCGCAUGAAAGGGGUGCUGGAAGACCCUGGAGUCCCCACAAGAUGCAUUUGGAGUGUUUUUGGCUUCCCUUCUACUGACGUCGGCUACAUCUACACUGGCACGGAUCUUUCUCGGAAGCCGAUACCUGUGCUCGACGUGGGGGACGAUACAGUCCCACUACGUUCUCUUUCAGUUUGCACAGGAUGGUCCUCUACUUUUGAGGUAAAGACGUUCAAGAAUUUGGACCAUAUGUUCAUAUUUGGGGAUGGCGAGUUUAACAGCUAUAUUCAAGUUGCUUUUGGCAAACCGAAGGAGAAAAGUGAAGUGCAGGAAGCAUCGGAACGAAGCACGUGA